CUCCGGCCAACUGCAGCCGGCUGGCGGGGUCCUUCCUUUUCCCUGUGCUGAGCAGGAUUAGCAUCUCAACAUGCCGACUGUCGGAGUAAAAAGGGAUCUCCUGUUCAAAGCUUUGGGCAGAACAUACACUGAUGAAGAGUUUGACGAGCUGUGCUUUGAGUUUGGGCUGGAGCUGGAUGAAAUUACCUCAGAGAAGGAGAUCAUCAGCCGAGAGCAGGGCGACUCUAAGGCAUCGGGAGCGUCUGACGUCAUCCUGUACAAGAUCGAUGUUCCCGCUAACCGCUAUGACCUGCUGUGUCUGGAGGGGCUGGUCCGGGGCCUGCAGGUCUUCAAGAACAAGCUGGAGGCGCCUCGCUACAGACGUGUUAGCCCGCUCAGUGGGGAGCCUCAGAGGCUGAUUAUCACCAAGGAGACGGCAGCGGUGCGACCCCAUGCCGUGGCAGCUGUGUUGAGGAACAUCACCUUCACUCAGGAGCGCUACGACAGCUUCAUCGAGCUGCAGGAGAAACUCCACCAGAACAUCUGCAGGAAGAGGAGCCUGGUUGCCAUCGGGACUCACGACCUGGACACCAUCUCCGGUCCUUUCAAGUACACCGCAAAACCCCCCGGAGACAUCAGCUUCAAACCCCUGAACCAGACCAAAGAGUACACCGCCACCCAGCUCAUGAGCCUCUACAAGACAGACAGCCAGCUGAAACAUUACCUCCACAUCAUCGAAGACAAGCCGGCGUACCCCGUCAUCUACGACAGCAAUGGUAUCGUCCUGUCCAUGCCCCCCAUCAUCAACGGUGAUCACUCAAAAAUCACCCUCAAGACAAAGAACGUGUUUGUGGAGUGCACGGCUACAGACCUGACCAAGGCAAAGAUCGUGUUGGACAUGAUGGUGACCAUGUUCAGCGAGUAUUGUUCACAGCCUUUCACGGUAGAGGAGGCAGAGGUGGUGUACCCAGAUGGAAAGACCUGCCAUUACCCAGAGCUGGCCUACAGGAAGGAGAAGCUGUCCAGCGACUUCGUCAACAAGAAAGUCGGCAUCAACGAGUCCACGGAGACGAUCGCCCGGCUGCUGACGAAGAUGUGUCUGCGUUCCGAGGUGACGGGCGUCGGGGACGAGAUCGAGGUGGAGAUCCCGCCCACGCGCUCCGACGUCAUCCACGCCUGUGACAUCAUGGAGGACGCCGCCAUGGCCUACGGCUUCAACAACAUCCCCUACACCACGCCACGAACAUACACCGUGGCCAAUCAGUUCCCUCUGAAUAAGCUGACGGAGCUGCUGAGAAUAGACCUGGCAGCGGCUGGAUUCACUGAGGCCCUCAACUUCGCCCUGUGCUCCACAGAAGAUAUAGCAGACAAGCUUGGGAAGAAGAUCUCAGAGACGAGAGCGGUUCACAUUGCCAACCCCAAGACCGCGGAGUUCCAGGUGGCGCGCACCACCCUGCUGCCCGGCCUGCUGAAGACCCUCGCUGCCAACAGGAAGAUGCCCCUCCCCCUCAAACUAUUCGAGAUAUCUGACGUGGUGCUGAAGGACGAGACCAAAGAUGUGGGUGCGAGGAACAGCCGGCGUUUCUGUGCCGUUUACUACAACAAGAGCCCGGGCUUCGAGGUGAUCCACGGCCUGCUGGACCGCACCAUGCAGCUGCUGGAGGUGAAGUCGCAGCGCGGGGACGGAUACCACAUCCAGGCUGCAGACGAUUCCAGCUUUUUCCCCGGCCGCUGCGCAGAGAUCUUAGUCGGGGGGAAGAGCGUCGGGCGACUCGGCGUCCUCCACCCGGAUGUCAUCACCCGCUUCGAGCUGACCAUGCCCUGCUCCGCCCUGGAGAUGGACAUCGAGCCCUUCCUUGGCCACCCUGCAGAAGCCACCCUCACGCACAACGUCCCCCUGCAGGAAGUCGUCGAACACCGCUUCCCCUCGCAGGCCCCGAGCUCCCGUCCGACUUCCACCAAAACUGUGCUCGGUGACAUGAGCUCUGCGGCCGGGCUGAAGGCGCUCGAUGAUUUUCUGGCCGAUAAAAGCUACAUGGAGGGCUUCGGGGCGACCCAGGCUGACGUGGCGAUGUUCGACGCCAUCCCGUCCGCCCCUUCCUCGGCUUUCUGCCACGUCUCGCGCUGGUACAAGCACGUCAAGACCUUCGUGAGGGAACGAGCCAACCUCCCCUCCGCUAAGAGCCAGAUAAUCCUCGACGAUGCAGCGCCCAGCGAUGACGACGAUGACAUGGACCUCUUUGGCUCCGACGACGAGGAAGACAGCGCCGAAGCGGAGAGACUGAAAGAGCAGCGUAUCGCCGAGUACGCCGCCAAGAAGUCCAAGAAGCCGGCCCUGAUCGCCAAGUCGUCCAUCCUGCUGGACGUGAAGCCCUGGGACGACGAGACGGACAUGGCGAAGCUGGAGGAGCGCGUGCGCAGCGUCGCCAUGGAGGGGCUGCUGUGGGGGCAGUCCAAGCUGGUGCCGGUGGGCUACGGCAUCAAGAAGUUGCAGAUAGGGUGCGUGGUGGAGGACGACAAGGUGGGCACGGAUCUGCUGGAGGAGGCCAUCACCGCCUUCGAGGACUACGUUCAGUCCGUGGACGUGGCCGCCUUCAACAAGAUCUGAUCCACGGAGUAAAUCCCUGAAUGGCUCCAUCAUGUUCAAGUAGUCCAACGUCCAUCCAAACUGAAGCUCAGGUCCUUCUGAACAGACUGUUCAUCCUUUAAUACAUCUCAUUGUUUCCUUCUAACAUCCAAUAAAGCCGUUCUGACUUUUCA